CGGCCCCGGCCCGGCCCCGGAGGCGCUUCCUUCCUGCGACGGGGCGGGGGGGCCGCAGCGUUUAUAAGCGGGGCGGAGGGAAGGCGAGCGGCAUGUCAGAGAUUUGCCGCUCCGGCCGGCCCCUCCGCCAUGCGGCGGGUCCCGCUGCUGCUGCUGCCGCUGCUGCUGGGGCUGGGGGUGAGGGGGGAGCCGGGGCCGGCCUCCCCCUCGGGCGCGCAGUGCCUGGAGCACGAUUGUUUCGGCAUCUUUUGGGCGGCCCGGAGCUUCGCGGAGGCCAGCGGGGUGUGCGAGCGGGGCGGGGGGCACCUCAUGACCGUCCGCUCCACCGUGGCGGAGGAUGCGAUCGGGCUGCUGCUGCAGAACCGCAGCGGGCGGCUGUGGCUGGGGCUGCGCCUGGCGCCCUCCCUGCCCUGCACCCAGCCGGCCCAGCGCCUCCGCGGCUUCCAGUGGGUCACGGGCGACCGCAGCACCGACUAUUCCAACUGGGCGUCGUCGGAGCGGCGGUGCGGGAAGCGCUGCGUGACCGUGUCGCGGCAGCUGCGCUGGGAAGAGCGGAGCUGCGAGUCGACGGCCGACGGCUUCUUCUGCGAGUACAACUAUGCGGGGAGCUGCCCGCGCCUGCCGCCCGCCGAGGGGCUGCUUGUCACCUACACCACCCCCUUCGGCGCCCGCGGAGGGGACUUUGUGGUGCUGCCAGCCGGGAGCAACGCCAGCAUCCCCGAGAUAGGGCUGGAUCUCCGCUGCGACGAGGAGAGGGACAGCGGGGGGCUGCGCUGGGGACGUGACGCCCCGGGAGCCUGGGCCUGCCGCUUGGCCAACGGGGGCUGCGAGGGGACGUGCGGCGAGGAGGGUGGCUGGCCACGCUGCUCCUGCCCCGACGGCAAUGUGCUGGCCCCCGACGGGCGCAGCUGCAGUUCGCCCUGUGCCGGCGCGCCCUGCCAGCAUCACUGCAUCGUCACCGGCACCACCUUCUUCUGCAUGUGCGAGUCGGGCUACCGGCUGGCGGCCGAUGGCAGCAGCUGCGAGGACAUCGACGACUGCGCCGUCUCGCCCCAGCUGUGCGAACAGGCCUGCGUCAACACCGAGGGCGGCUUCCAGUGCCAGUGCUACCGCGGCUACGAGAUGCUGGGUGGGCACUGCCGGCCCGUCUCGCACUGCUACAAGACGCCAUGCGAGCAGAAGUGCGAGGAGGUGCCCGACGGGUACCGCUGCGGCUGCUAUCCCGGCUACACCGUGGACCCACAGGAUCCCAGCCGCUGCGUGCUGCACUGCAACCGCAGCCAGUGCCCGGCGCAGUGCGACCCCCACAGCCUGUCCUGCGAGUGUCCCGAGGGCUUCGUGCUGGAUGACGUCGAGAGCAAGAAGAUUUGCGUGGACAUCAAUGAGUGUGACAUGAACUACUGCCAACAUGACUGCGUCAACCACCCCGGCAGCUACGAGUGCCACUGCCACGCCGGCUACCAGCUCCUCAACCAGAACGACUGUGGCAAAAUCCUGGAGGAAGAUGGGGAUGGGGGGUACUCGGGGGAUUUGGGGCCUGAAGCCCAAACGCCCAUCCCCAGCCGGACCCCACCGAAGGCAGAGCACCUCCACCCUGGUGCACUGGUGGGCAUUGCCAUGGGUGCCCUCUCUGCGGCCCUGGUGCUGUUGGCCCUGGGCUACCACCUGGCGAAGAAGUGCUGCGGAUCCCCCAGCAGCAUGGAUUACAAGUGCGGUGGCCCCCACAAGAAGGAGAUGGGACUUCAGCCGGUCACCUCGGGCUGUGCCGCCUCUGGCCAGAAACUGUAGGGAGAACUGGGCGGGACAGAGAGAGGGAGGUGGGCAAAACUGGGUAACAUUUACUUCCUCCCCCCCACCUUUUUAAUGAUGAGGAGGAUUUGGGAAAGGCUGUGAUCACCCCCACUUCCAAACCUCCUUGCUGUUUUCCAGCCGGCUCUUGCAAUCCCCACACCAGAACUCAGCUUUGCCUUUCCCGAGCCAGUAGCUGGGGGGGCUGCACGGAAAAAUUGUUUGUGUGUCACAGAAGGGAUGUCUCCAUCUGGAACUGUUUAAAUCCACAUCAAUGUGGGGGGAGAGCAUGGGUGCCAUGGCCUGUGGGCCAUUGGGGACCAUGGAAGGUCGCCUGGCCCCCAGUUCCCCCUCCUUGGGUGGGCAGUGUGCUGCCGGGCUGGGGGUGAUGGUUUUCCCGGAGCUGGGGUGCUCCUGCCUUUGGCUACGUUCAGUUUUGGGUGAUGGAAGAAGGAGCAAAGAUCCUGUGGUCAGCGCUUUGUCUCGCUCCUUCGCCCCCCUCUGCUUCGUCAGCAGAAACCUCCGGUUCUGUUUUCCCCACCCCUGCGUUCUGCCUCUCCCCGCUGGCAGCAGAGCGCGUCUCACCUCGGAUCGCUGGCGACAGUGCUGAGCGUCACUGCGGGGGGGCUAAAACACCUCACUUCUAUUCCCUCUUACCCUCCCAUGGCUUUUCUUGGGGGGCACAGCGGUUAAUCUGGGAUACCGAGAAGCCCGGGGUAAUUUUUUUCACAGUAGGAAACAUUUGCAGCGCUGGGGACCCUCGCAUUCCCUGGGCAACUUCUUCCCUGAUUUUCUACCAUCGUUGACUGGGUUUUACUUUUUUACAAACCCACCUCUCAUAUCCAUAGGUUGUUUUUUUUCCCGUUUUUCCUUUAGUCUUGCUCAGGGCUGAUUCUAAUCCAUGUUGGACCUCAUGGCAAAACUUUCCCGGGGGGUCAGGAUCCGGACCGCUGCUCAGCACUGGGGAGGAGAGAGAGCUGGAGAAGUAUGUUCUGCAUUAUUCCAGCUCCAUCCUUGGGUGGGGAGACCAGGGGCAGCUCUGCAAAUCUGGGGGGGCCAGGGGGUCCCGCUCCAGCAGCCAUAGGGGGUGAAACCUGCGGGUGUUGUUGCAUCAAACAGCAUUUCCCCUGACACCAUAGAGCUGUGUUGCGGCCUCCAAGGAAAAUAAAAAGCUAUGCCUUGUCUGAACUGUAGCUUUCCUCAUGUAAAUGGUUCAACCCCCUGUUUUAUACACCCGGCACGUUUGUAAAUACUUAUUUAUUUAUUGGAAAUAUACCCUACGCAAUGCACAAUCACAUGGUGAUUUUGUGUGUCGACCAAUAAAGCUUUAACAGUCUGGUUUAUAGAAA